GAUGGAAGAAUCCUUUGACGAACUGUCGAACGACCAGCUGCGGCUGAGGCUGCUUGAGUACGGUCUCUCGAACACGCCGGUCACGAGCACGACCCGGAAGGUGUUGCUUAAGAAGCUGAAGAAUCACAUUUCCGGCGGUACCAGCACGCCCAAGGGACGCCGCGAAACGAUACACACCACCAAGCACUCGUCGGACGAGGACAGCGAACCACUUCGCGGAACGCCCGUCUCGGUUUCCAAAAAGGGAGCGUCCGCGAGUAAGAAAGAAUCGGCCGCCAGCCGGCGUGCAACGAUUGCCGUGUCGGCCAAACCGGCCAAACCUGUUUUUGUUGGCACAUCAUCGACGCAGCCACCGGUGGCGACCAGACCCGAUCCACUGGCGCCGCAACGCGCUGAAACUCCAUCGAAACGACGAUCGGGAAGAAUCACACCGGUUCAGGGAAAGGGCGAAACUCCACUGAUAACCGUUCCCGAUGUGCCCCCGAUAGAGGAAGAUUCGGACGAUGAUAUGAUACCGUUGAAUCAGUUGACUCGGCGUGAUCGAAAGUCCAAGAGCCCAUCACUGUCCCGGGCGGAAAUGCUCACGACGUCGUACGUGCAUCAGACGGACGUGGCCCGAGGCCUACCGUCUCACCCGAUCUUCGAGGAGAUGGAAGUCGAUCCUGAGACUGCCAGUAAUGCGGAAAUAGAAACGAUCGUGCUCGAUGAUGAUGAUGAGAUGGAACUUGCAUCGGCUCCGACCAUAUUUCAACAGCCGCCAGCCCCGGCACUAAAAGAAACUCUGUACGAUCGCACCACAACGCAUUCGGUUGAAAAUACCCGGACAACGUAUACCAAGGACCGGCAGGAAAUGUUCGGUGGUGAUCGCGGCAGCAGCAGCACUGCUAGUAGCACCGUUCCGGCAUCAAGACCAACUCCGAACUUCACAAAACCCUCCACCUACCGCGCCAGUGUGGCCACUACUCGGGGCGACAAGGCACCGGCCUACGAUCCGACAGAUUCGCCGUAUCUGAGUGAGUUCACCAAACGACUGUCUCGUUUGCGAGCCGAAGCAGCGGAACAAUCGUUAAUCGGUGGCGGCGAAGAUGAAGGCGACAUGCCAUGGAGACGCACGACGCUGGCAUUCGGUGAUCGAGCAGGUGGAAACGGUUCGAGUUCAUUCCGGUCGACUUUCGGAGCAAGGGGGAGUUAUAAUCCACAGCCCGCACCACCACCGUCUACCAGCCGGUACAGAGCGAUGGCCCGCGAAUCGGUGGCCCCCUAUCGGAGCGGGUCCAAACCGGGCACAACCGACAGCUUUCGAUCGUCGGUCCGUCAGAGCAUACUGGCGUUCGAUCAGCGGUACAGAAUUCAGAAGUUGUUCUACACAGUUAUCGUCCUUUUGGCGGUUAUUUUUAUAUUCGUGUUUUUCUUCCUCUAAAAAUCCUCACUCGAAGCGCGAUGUAUAUGGUGCCACCACUAAUGCAAUUCAAAUUCAUACUCUCCACAGUCGUUUGUCGAUAAUAAAUGGUAAUA